CUCGUCUUCAGGAAGGAGCUUGAACAUGUGACCUGCUGCCGACGCUGUUUACUGAGCUGUCACGGAGAAGGAGGAAGUCUUCCUCCCACCUGAAGUUACUGCGACAGACACUGAAGUGUUUCCACUGUCGAGCGAAAAGAAAACAUCUCUUCAUGUCUGCACAUUUCUGGACUUUACACUGAGGUGGUGCAGGGAGACUUUUUAUCUGAACAUCAUGGACCCUCAAGGACACAGUGGCGAGAUGACAGAGGGCCCUGAUCUGACCGAAGGGCUGGAGAAGACGAGAACACUGAAGCACUUUCCUCCGUAUGGAUCCAUUAACGGGACCUCGACAGGAGACACCUGCCCCACGUGUCGUGGAACUGGCCGAAUCCCCAGAGGUCAUGAAGAUCAGCUCGUGGCCGUGAUACCGUGUAACGACGUCAGGCUGCAGCCCAGACACACGAGGCUGUACGUGUGCAUCUCCAUGUUCGUGUGCAUCUUGGUCUGUUGUCUGAUCCUCUUCUUCCUCUUCCCUCGGAGCGUCAGAGUGGCGCCCGUGUCCGUGCUGUCGGUCAUGGUCUACUUCAGCCCCGACAUGGUCGACAUGGAGGUCACAAACCUCAUCAACAUCACCAACGAGAACUUCGUCCCGGUUCAGAUCGUCGAGUUCAACAUCCAGAGUCUGGUCACCGACAUCGUGGUGGGCAAGACCAAGAUAUCCAACAUAACCGCCAUCCAGUCCCGGUCGCAGAAAUCUUACAACAUUGAAAUCCAACUUCCCAUCCAGGACAAAGGCUUAAUCAACUACUGCAAAUCGAGCGCCUUCAAGAUCCACACGCUGUUUCUGGAGAUGCAAAUGACGCUGAACAUUUCCUACCUCUCCCACACGGAGCAGCUGUCUCUCAACACGUUCGAGUACAUCGACUGUGGCACCAACUCAACAAUCCCACAUCCUGUGAGUCGAUGAAACCAACGUGAGAACAAAACGGACGCGUGAAGUCGUGAAUAUUCUGCCUGCGUCGCACCUUUAUCUCCUUACAUGAGAUGUGAACGUGUGCUUAUCUAUGUAAUCUGUAUAAUAUUAUUCUGUACGUUGUCGAAGCAUAACAGCAACUUUGAUCAAUACAGAGUUCUGAUUUUAAACUGUGAAUUUGUUAAAAUCCUUUGUGUCUUAGCACGAAUGUUUUAUUUGCUCUUAUUUGUUGGAGAUCUGCCUGUAAAUGUAUAUUUCAGCCAAAAGAGACUCAUAGAACGUUAUGAAAUGAGCCCAAUCUCUUCCCAAAUGAGAAAAUUGUACAUUUACAUUUUAAACUAAUUUAUGUAUAUUGUGUAAAAUUGAGCAAAUUCCACCACUCUUAUUUUUAUAAACAGUGUUACACACAUUGUGUAAAUAUGAUUGUUGAUAAUCUUGUACUUUAUUAAACUGCCUCAUUUAA